GUCCGCUCCUUCUCCUGCUUCUCCUCAUCACCCUUUUCAGCCAACAUAUCUCGUCUCGUGGGCUUGAUAUCUCAUCACCCAAAUCAGGUUGAAUUCAUCAUUGGCAUCAAUUGCUCACCUAUCAUCACGAUGUUCCCUCGACGAUUCGCCGCCGAAGCUGGCAGUGCAACCCGAGCUUUACGGAGGCCAAUGCCUCGGUCGGUAGCAAAUGCUCGAGUCCGAACCCAGAACGCGCGUUUCCAGUCCACAUCCGCAAAUAGCAGCAGCUCCAACGCUUCGAGUUCGGGGUCUCCAGCACUCGUUGGAGCUCUGACAGGCUCUCUGACUACAUUCACCCUUGGCUACCUAUGGUACCGUCAAUCAGGCGCCCGCGACUUGCUAGCAGCUACCAAAACUACCAAAGAUUAUGUCAACACUGCCUCACAAAAGCUGAAAGAGGCCACUCCCGAGCCUAACGAAGCUUUGCAAUGGCUACGCCAAACUGCUACUAGCUAUGCUAUGUUCAUUCCCGGGGCUCGAGCGUAUGUAGAUGCUGCGUUCAACGACAUUGAUGCUAUUCGCGCGAAACAUGGAGAUGAGGUCGACAAGAUCGUGUCCGAUGCAUACUCCGAGCUUCGCAAUAUCGCCCAAAAGGGUGACCUCAGCUUGCUCACUGCCCAGAAGGCCUGGAAUGUGAUCAUCAAGCACCUCGGUCGUAUCGGAGAUUUAACAGGAGAUGCCGCACAGCAGAUAAUGGACAACCAUCCUCAAUUGAAGGAAAAGGUCGGCGGAAAUCUUGAUACCUUGAAGCAAUUGGGAGACAAAUACGGACCCGAAGCAAAGAAAGAGGUUGAUAGGACUUGGCAGCAGAUUGGCGAUAUCGUCAAGACAGGAGUCAGUGCCCAGAACAUCGAGAAGAUCCAAAAGGUCGUACAGGAGAAGGUGGACAAGAUCAAGCAGCUCGGUGAUGAGGCAUGGAAGAAGGGCAUGGAGAAAGCCAAACCUUAUUUGGACAAGAACCCUACUGCUAAGAAGCUAAUAGAGGAGAACGAAGACGCGCUGAAGUCGGGUAACGUACAAGAACUGUACGAAAAGGUCAAGCAGGCUGUCGAAAAAGGCGAUACUGGAGACCUUGAGGGUUAUAUCAAGAAGUUCACCGACAAAGCAAAGGAUAGUGGCCUCGGUGACGUCGAACAAUAUUUGAAGAAGAUCCCUGGAGGUGAUCAAAUCCUGCCAAAGCUCAGCCAGCUACAAGAGGUUGCCGAGAAGCAUGGAGACGAGGCACAACGUAUAUUGAAGGAGGCUGUCAAUGAAAUAUCCGAGGUUCUCAAAAAGAAGGGAGACGAAGCUACCAAUUUGGCCAAGAAGGCCAAAGACGAUAGCAAGAAAUGAGCAUCGUCGGCAUAUCUUAUGCUUUGACGGUUUCUGAUCAGAUGAUGAGUGUCACUGAUCUUUGUAGCACUAGCAUUUGCUUCUCCAUAUUGCAUCAUACAAAAUCAAGAUAUUAAU